GCUCUGGAAGGAUUGAGAAUAUCCAAAGCCGCGCGUUGCCACCUUCCAUUCUAUCAUUCUUGUCAUUUGCACAAACUUGGUACUUGACCGCGACACCAACGCUGAUACAGCACACGUGCAUACUGUAUAGAACAUGUAACUCAUGCUCAACAGGCUUCUUAAGAACCCGCGUGACAUGGCAAACCCACUGCGGUCCCGUGGACGCUGAGCUCCAAAUGGCUGCCUGCAGACUAUCAGGCGCCACAUUUAGGAUGCAUAGACAUCGGUAAAGCGGGCGGCGUGGACCUAAAGCGAGGCGGAAAUGGCAUCCUCAGUGUUGCUGGGCACGCGGCCGGACUGGACUCGGAGCACCUUGGGUAUCCCCAUCGAUACGAUCGUACGGAUACACCCAGGCGCUGUGGGAGCAAAGCCUGACCUCGCUUUCUCGCGGAACCGCGUUUCAGUGUCGCGUGUGCCCGGCGCAGCCGCGAAACCGGAGGAUGAGUUCGACGUGGGGUAUGUGUACGGCCCGGAGGCUUCCAACGCCGACGUGGCGGGCCGCUCGCUGCUGCCGCUGCUGCGCAAGUUCGUGGACGGAUACAACGUUGCCGUGAUGGCGUUCGGGGCCACGGGCACUGGCAAGACACUGCUCCUGGAGGGGUCACGGGGCAAGGAGCGACACUCGUCAGAGGGCAACGGCCUGGUGCACAUCGCCAUUGAUGAGCUGUUCAAGCUGCUCAACGAGAAGGCCGUGGCAGUGGGCAACGCGGUGGCUGAGCGGCGGCGCAUGCCCUCCGCCCGCGCCUUUGACUUCUUCCUGGAGACCAGCUACGUGGAGGUGUACCGCGAGGAGGUACACGACCUGUUCGCACGCCCCACAGGCGGCAACAGGGCGCCGCUGCAGAUCUACGAGGACGUGACUGAGGGCUACCAGGUGUCGGGUCUGGCCUACCGCAUCGCCAAGACCAGCACCGAGAUGCGCACCGCAUUCAACAACGGCCGCAUGCAGCGGGACACCACGAAAGAGGACGUGGGUGCGGUGCACGAGCGCUCCGCCGCCAUCUUCACCAUCCACCUCGCGCAGUACUCGCCGGCGGCAGUGGCGGGGGAGGAGGACCGGAUCAUGGUGUCCAAGAUCCAAUUUGUGGAUCUGCCGGGUGCGGAGCGACUUGCCGAGGACCCGGAGAUCCUGCGCCUGCGCGAGGGCCCCACCCUCAACCGCUCCCUGCACGCAUUCGGCGCCACGCUCCGCACCAUGGCCGAAGGCCCCGGCGGCGGCCUGGCGGCGGCAGCAGCCGCUGCGGCAGCCGCCGCCGCGGCGGCGGCAGGCGGCAGCAUGUCGCCUGCGGCCAUGUCCACGGGGGUGGGGUCGGUGCUGGCGGCGGCGGGGAACAACGUUGGCGGCAUGAACGGGGGGCCGGUGGGCGCGGCGGUGGGGUCGGGCGUGCCCUUCAUCAACUACGAGGAGAGCGCGCUCACCAAGCUGCUCGCAGACGCGUUGGGCGGCAACGCGCUGUGUCUGAUGGCGGGCACACUGCGGCAGGCGGACGGCAGCAACGGUCUGCACGCCAUCAACACACUGCAGUACCUCACCAUUGCCAGGUCGGGGCGCAACUUCCCCAUCAUCAAUCACGGCCGGGCGCGGGGCCUGAUUCAGAAGCUGCGUCAGCGGCUGAUGGCCGUGGUGGACGACCGGCAGGCGCUGCGCGAGCUGAUGGAAGGCACGCCGGCGGAGGGCGACCCCAACGCAAUGGCCAUCAACAUCGCAAAGCUGCGGGACCUGGAGGCGAGGCUGAUGGCGGUGCGGGGCGAGAACGCCGAGCUCAUGGAGGAGAAGCACGCGCUGCAGGCCCGGCUCCAGAAGCUGUACCAGGCCGAGGAGGGAGACCUGCAGGAGAAGAGCGAGCUGCAGGAGGCGCUGAUACAAAGCGAGGAGCAGCGGCUGCAGCUGUCAAGGGCGCUGAUCGAUUUCCAGAUGGAGUUCAACGAGGCGCAGCAGGACUGGGAGGCGUCCAGGCACGAGCUAGAGGUCAAGCUCAUAGAGGCGGAGGCUCAGGGCAUGGAGGCGUCCAUAGCGGCGGAGGAGCUGGCGCGCAUCAGCGGCGAGAAGGAAGCGCUGGUCAUCAAGCUCCGGGAGCUAGAGCAGCUGCUGGCGGACCGCACCGCCGGCCUGGAGUCGCAGCUGCAGCAGGAGACCGGCGCGCUGCAGAAGCAGCUGGCGGAGGAGACCACGGCGCUGGAGAAGCGGCUCGCGGACGAGACGGCCGCCAAGCAGGCGGAGCUGGAGGCCCUACGGAAGGAGGCCGACGACCUGCGCGCCGAGGUGGCCCGGCUGACGGAAGGGCUGCGGCAGCUGGCGGCGGGCGAGACGGAGGCGGCGGAGGGCGGCCCCGUGGACGAGCUGGUACACGCCCAGGACGCCGUGGCCAAAGCUAAGGAAGCGGUGGAGAAGCGCCGGGCGGCGUCUGAUGAGCUCAAAGAAAAGGAGCGGCGUAUUGAGGAGCUGGGUGCGGAGCUACGGGAGCUGCAGCGCGAGUACGACCAGCUCAAGAACGGGGCGCUGCUCAACCAGACAGCGGCAGACGAGGUGCGCGAGGUCUACCGGCGCAAGCUGGAGGUGCUGAUGCGGGACGUGGGCGACAUGGGCCGCGCCCUGGCCAUCAUGGAGAGCGACCGCGGCACAGACCUCAAGGUCACGCCAGACGAGCUGUGGACGGCCUUCCAAAACCUCAGCGACGAAAACACCAAGGUCACGGAGGUGCGGGAGUCGGACAUGCGUCACGAGAUGGACGAGGUCAUGGCGCGGCACGUGGAGCUCAAGCGCAAGUUCAAGGCGCUGUACCUGGCGUACAGGAACCUGCGCUACCUGAUCGCUGACCGCUGGCCGGCGCCGCAUGAGCCGCCGGAGGUGGUGACGGAGGAGGAGGUGGUGGGCGCCACGUUAGAGGGGCUCAUACGGUCUGAGGAGGAGGCGGACCGCCGCACCAUCAACAAGCUCCGGGACAAGGUGUCGCAGCUGGAGUCGCAGCUGUCGGGCCAGCGGGUGGCGAGGGCGGCGGAGGACGCGGGCGUGGAGGGCAAGGCCGGAGCCGCCAGCGGCGUGGCGCGGGCGCGGGGGCAGGACCUGCAGCGCAAGGAGAUCUCCCCGCUGCUGGAGAUCGAGAACAAGCGGCUGCGCGAGGAGCUGGACAAGCUGCGGGCCAAGAUCAAGGAUGAGGACCCCGCCAUAGCCGCCGCCAAGGCCGCCAGCGGCAAGGUGCCCACCACCGCCGCCAACGCGGCCAGCGAGGGAGUCAUUCGGCAGCUGCGCGAGCACGGCCAGAAGGUCACGGCCGAGCUGCAGCGCAAGGUGCAACAGGCCGAGUCGCGCGCCACCAUGGCGGAGGAGCAGCUGACGCAGCUGCAGGCCUACAUGGCCAAGGCCUCGGUGAGCUACCAGAAGGAGAUCGUGCGGCUGCGGGCCAUCGUGGGUCAGAUGGAGGUGUCCAUGGGCGUCAAGCAGGGUAGCUACCUCAACAUGAACCCGCUGGAGGGCGCGGGCGGCGGCGGGGCGCUGAGGCCGGCGGCGGAGGUCCUGGACGAGAUGACCAACAGGGGCUCGGCACUCACGCGGCAGGGCGGGCCGGGUGCCGUGCCGGGGAUACCACGCGGCGGGGCCGGGCCGCGGCCGUCGGUGCAGCAGCAACGUUGAGCUGGCGCGCGCGCAGGA